UGUUAGAUCUCGCCAAGAUGUACGACGCGAGAUCAAGAGCAAGGCAAACAGCCAACAACAGCAACAGCAGCAACAAAUCAUCAUCAACAAUCACAACAGCAACAACAACAGCAACAGGGAUGCCACUGCUACUGUUGCUGCUCUUCAUCAGCCAGACAGCGUCCAUGUCGCUGGAUCGCUUGGCGCUCGAACGCAACGAAUUACCCGCAGCGGAACCGACAGCUGCCUCGCCCUCAGCUGUGGUUGUGGAUGACAUGAAGAUAGCCGCAGUGCCGGCUAAUGGCAACACGGAUAUGUAUAUGCUGGUGCCCGAGUCGGUGGCCAGUCAACUGGACGAUACGGAGCAUGUGCAUCGCAAUACCAUCGAUACCAACGACAGCGACAACGAUGCCGAUGAGAACGCCGAUAUGCUGAUGCUGGAGAGCGAUGAUACGCCCGCCAUGCAAUUGGUGGAGCUGCCCAGUGACAUUACCUUAGCCGAACUGGCACCCGAAGCGCAAACCGAAUCGGAAUUGAUGUCGGAACCGGAGCCAGAGUCAGAGGCUGCGGUUGCCUCGCCGGAACUCAUCGAGGAGCAUGUGGUCGAGCAUCCAGUCGAGGGUGUAGAACAACAGUCGGCGGAACAAAUCCAGAAUCAGGUUAGCAGCCAGGAGGCGCAGUUAGAGAAUGCCGAGAAUGUGGUGGAAACAGUCACCGAAGAGGCACCAAUUGCACCCAACGUGGAGUCGGAGUCACAGCAGGAGUUGCAAGCCGAUGAGGCUGAGGAACAACAGCAGGACUUUGCCGCGGCCACAGAAGAGGCUCUGAAGUUGGAAACCGAACAGGAGGAACAAAAGGAAACCGAGCAGGAGACAGCACCAGUCCAAGCGGCUGUUGAAGAAGAACCCAAGGUGGAAAAUGAGCCGAUUGCCGACAACGAAGUGGACACCACUGAAGCAUCUGUGCUGGAGUCCAUGGCCCAUGGCAUCGAGGAAGGUUUGAGCGCUGUCAUAAGUGAUCUGCCGCCCGAGGAGGAGUUGGGGGCGAGUGCCAAUCAACAGCAAGAGGAUGACGCUGCCGCUGAGCCUGAACAGCAGCCAAGUGAGUUUGUGCCACAGACAGCGCUGCCCGAGAUCGAUGUUGAGUCCGCCACCGAGCAGCAGCUGCUGCAGCAAGAGGACAACAACAAUGAAGAAACCGUUCAGCCAGUGCAGCACGACGCUGCGGAAGAAACCGAACCAGAAGUUGCCCAAGCUGAGCCAAUUGAAAGCGAAGCGGACAACCAAGUUGAACCUCAAGCCGAAGCGGAACCUGCAAUCGAGAACAAUGUCGAGGUGCAACCUGAAACUAUUCCUGAAGUGCAACAAGAUGCUGAGAUUGCUCCCGAAGCUGAAGCACAACCCGAAGCUGUAGCUCAACCCGCAGCUGAAACCCAAUCCGAAGCUGAAGUACCACAAGAAACCGAUGCUCAACCUGAAGCUGUAGCUCAACCUGAAGCCGAGAUUCAGCCCGAAGCUGAAAUUCAACCAGAAGCUGUGAUUCAACCAGAAGCUGAGAUUCAACCAGAAGCUGAGGUGCAACCUGAAACUGAAAUUCAACAAGAUGCCGAGAUUCAACCCGAAGCUGAGGUUCACCCAGAAGUUGUAGCUCAGCCUGAAACUGUAGCUCAACCUGAAGCUGACGUUCAACCCGAAAUUCAACAGGACGCUGAGGUUCAAACUGAAGCCGAAGCUCAACCACAAAUUGUAGCUCAACCCGAAGUUAUCGCCCAGCCUGAAGCUGAAUCCGAGCCUGAAAUUGAGACUAAACCGGAAGCUGUAGCUCAACCUGAGCCAGCAGCUGAGAUUCAACAAGAUGCUCAGCCUGAAACUGAGGUCCAACCCGCAGCUGAGGUUCAACCUGAAGCUGAAGCACAACCAGAAGCCGAACCUCAACCUGAAGCCGAACCAGAAACACAACCUGAAGCUGAACCAGAAGCUCAACCCCAAGCUGAAGCUGAGCCUGCACCACAAACUCAACCCGAAACAGAGUCUGAGGCGCAACAAGAGCCUGAAGCUCAAGCAGAGAUUGAAGCUCAACCAGCAACCGUCGAGAAGGAAACACAGAGCGAUGCCGAGGAAGCUAUUAUUCCUGCCGCAAUCAGUAACGAAGUGCCCAAAGAAACCGAAGUGUUUGAAAAGCAGCCCAUUGCAGAGCUGCAAUCCGAAGCGGAAAAGCAGCCUGAGAUCCAAGCCGACGAAACACCUGAAGUGGCCGCCAUUCAGCCCGAGGCACAAUCCCAGCCAGAACCCGAGGCUGUGAAGCCAGCAGAACAAUCCAUAUUGACGACAAUUAUUCCCGCGGUUGUGCCACACAAACCGGAGCCAAUCCAGGUGCUCGACAGUGUGCUUAACUAUGUGAAUGCCUCGUUUAUGCACAACCAGGAACAGGAGCUGCAAAAGAUCGAUGCUGAGGAAUCUGCAGUGAACUCAAAUCUGCGUCGUUAUGAUGGCGCUCAAGUGUGGCGUAUUGUGGUGCAAACCGACAAGGAUAAGAAGCUGGCCGAUGAGUUGCAAUCGAAAUACGAUGGUCAACUGUGGAAGGAAGUCAAACAGGAGGUGGACUAUCUGCUGAAACCUCAGAUGUUGGCUGCCGCAGAGCGUCACAUUCGUGCCGCAAACUUGUCGCGCAUUGUGCUGAUCGAUAACUUGCAGCAGGUGAUCGAAGUGGAGAAUCCGCCAGCGGAGAAAAUCGCCGAGUUGCAGAACCGCAAGGGUCAUCGUCUCACAUGGCAGGCCUAUCAUCGUCUCGAGGACAUUUACGGCUUCAUCGAUUACCUGGCCAAAACCUAUCCGGACAUUUGCUCUACCGAAAUCAUUGGCUACUCCGUGGAGAAGCGACCCCUGAAGAUACUCAAAAUAUCGAAUGGCAAACCAAACAACCCAAGCAUCUGGAUCGAUGGUGGCAUGCAUGCACGUGAAUGGAUCAGUCCGGCAACUGUCAGUUACAUUGCCAAUCAGAUAGCCGAAGGCAACGAUGAGUUGCCACCGUACUUGCAGAAUGUCAAUUACUAUUUCCACAUUGUCGCCAAUCCCGAUGGCUAUGAAUACUCCCACACCACGGAUCGUUUGUGGCGCAAGAAUAUGCGUGCCCACGGUCGUCAGUGUCCCGGUGUCGAUCUGAAUCGCAACUUUGGCUACAAGUGGGGCGGCAAGGGCACCUCGGCCAGUCCCUGCUCUCAGACGUACCGCGGCAGCAAAGCCUUCUCCGAGCCCGAGACAUUCUACAUUUCGAAAUUCAUCAGCGGAUUCCCACGUAACACUUUCCAGGCGUACCUCUCGUUCCACAGCUAUGGCCAAUACAUUCUCUACCCAUGGGGCUAUGACUAUCAUCUAACCAAGGAUCGCGCCGAUCUGGAUCGUGUUGCACGCCAAGCUGGCUCGAUCAUCACCAAGUCGUCGGGCGUCAAGUAUACGGUUGGCUCAUCGGCCACAACACUUUAUCCCGCCGCCGGUGGCUCCGAUGAUUGGGCCAAGGGCAUUGCGGGCAUCAAGUAUGCCUACACCAUUGAGAUGGGAGACACGGGACGCUACGGCUUCGUGCUGCCCGCCCAGUUCAUUGAUUACAAUGGCAAGGAUGGCUUCACGUUCGUCGAUACCGUUGCCCGUGCUAUCCACCAGGAAUUCCGCAAUGGAACCGACACAAGCAGGAGCUUUGGCAGCCGCCGUCGCUUCCAUUAGUUGUUGCGUUCCCCACACGCACACACAACUAGACUUUAGUUCAAUACUUUUUUUUUUUAUUACGCGUCCAAACUCACUCAUUUUUUUUUAAUGUUAUUUAUACGAAACUAUUUAUUUAUUUAUUUAUUUGUAACUAGACAAAUUGAACAUUCAAAGAAUAGACUGAGACAUGUUUAUUG